AUGAGAGAUCACGGGUCCAAAUAGGUAAUUUUGACUUUUUUGUUUCUUUGAAGGGAGGUGGAGACAAGUUACCAACCCCCUCCCUCCGUCCUUGACUGAAAUUACCAACUCUUUUUGCACAGGGGAGACACUAAAAGCACUCCCAAAGCUCUCGAAAUGGAGGCUCCUGAAGACUACUGUGCUAGUAACGGCCAAUGCUCUCCUGGUAAGGAGAAGUCAAGAAUGUCGGAGGAUAUGUCAACACCUAAUGGACAGACUGUUCCUCAGGGUCCUAAUUCCCCCAGUGAACUGAUGAUUAAGCAAGAGGAAGAAACAGGGGAGGAGGCUGACAACAAAAGUCCAGCACUUGAAGGGCUAGGCCAAACAGGGGAGGAGGAGGGAGUAGCAAUGGAGGAAUCCAUGACUGGCAGCCCAAGCAACAUACAGGAUGGAUUGUCUGGUCAGAGUAUGACAGCUGAUGCAGAGAGUCGACAACCUAAUGGUGACAGGCCGUUCCAGUGCAACCAGUGUGGCGUCUCGUUCACCCAGAAGGGAAACCUGCUUCGACACAUCAAGCUGCAUACAGGCGAAAAACCCUUCAAAUGCCCCUUUUGCAACUACGCCUGCCGACGGCGUGAUGCCCUCACUGGUCAUUUGCGUACUCAUGCUGUUGGCAAACCACACAAGUGUAACUACUGUGGACGGAGCUAUAAGCAGCGGACUUCUCUGGAGGAGCAUAAGGAACGCUGCCAUAGUUACCUGCAGAGUAUCGGCUUGGAUCCAACCACUAACACUAGGCCUUACACAGGUGAGGUUCCUAAAGAGUCAAGGCCCAUGGCAACCUUUGAUCGGCCACCUGUUAUUGAAAGACUGCACAGCAAUGUGGGCAAGAGAAAGAGCACCACACCUCAGAAAUUUGUGGGUGACAAGAUCCCACGCCUCAGCUACCCUGAACUAGGCUAUGAGAUGGGCCUCAAGUACGAGAAGAAGGCUGAACUGAUGCCAGCCCACUUGAUGGACCAGGCCGUCAGCAAUGCCAUCACUUACCUGGGAUCAGACACACUUCGGCCCAUGCUCCACCAUCCAGGGCCCCAUCUUUCUAUGGCCGAGGUGGUGCCCAUGGUCAACCCCCUUUUCCAUCAUGUCCUGCCCCUGACUCAACGAACGGAUCGCCCAGGAAACUGUGACACGCUCCCACCACAGCUACCACUGCUUCAUGAGUUCCCCUGCCUUCCCACCUCAAAUGGCCCAACUGCUUCAACCAGGCAGGUCAAGCAGGCUCAGCCAGGGCAAGAGGAAUCUCCCAACAACAGUGGAGUUGAAUCUGCUGACUCAGCUCGCAGCAGCCCUCAGGAGAGGCACAGCUACCAUGGUAGCAUCCCCCCUCCUGGCCUCAGGUCACAAGCAAGUCCAUCAGUAGUCUUUUCAGGAGACCGAUUGAGAGAAGCAUCACCCAGAAGUGUGACAGGAAUGGCGACUGGGAUAAUGCGAGUGGCCACAGAGAGGCCUUUAAGUCAUGAAGGGGUGCGGGUGUUUGGACGAGAAGGCCAGGAGUUGCGGGCCUUCCAGUGCGAGCACUGUCGGGUGCUCUUCUUGGACCAUGUCAUGUAUACCAUCCAUAUGGGUUGCCAUGGUUACAGAGAUCCCCUGGAGUGCAAUAUCUGUGGUCACCGCAGCAAAGACCGCUAUGAGUUCUCCUCUCACAUAGUCCGUGGUGAGCACACAUUCCAGUAAGAGGACGGGUAAGACAAGGAAGGGAAAGGAGCAAUAGCCUGAUAUCCAUCCCUGUCCCCAGACCUCUGAGACUCCACAGUUGAAUGGCACUGUAGACAAGUGUAGCACAAUCAGAGACUUUUUUUAAGCUACUUAGUGUGAAUUUGAACAGUUGAACAAUCAUAUGAAGGUAUGGGCCAAAGACACAUUUUAUACAUAUUUAAUUAAGAUGUAUUGUAGAGAAAGGAAUGUGCAUUUUUCUUCUGAAAAUGUUCAUGAAUUGU